AUGAGGAUCAUGAUAAAGGGAGGGGUGUGGAAGAACACGGAGGAUGAGAUAUUGAAAGCGGCGGUGAUGAAGUACGGCAAGAACCAGUGGUCGCGCAUCUCGUCGCUGCUCGUGCGCAAGUCGGCGAAGCAGUGCAAGGCGCGGUGGUACGAGUGGCUGGAUCCGAGCAUUAAGAAGACGGAGUGGACGCGCGAGGAGGACGAGAAGCUGCUGCACCUGGCGAAGCUCAUGCCCACGCAAUGGCGCACCAUCGCGCCCAUCGUCGGCCGCACGCCCGCGCAGUGCCUCGAGCGCUACGAGAAGCUCCUCGACGCCGCCUGCUCGCGCGACGACUCCGCCGCCGCCGGCUACGACGCGUCCGACGAUCCGCGCCGCCUGCGCCCCGGCGAAAUCGACCCGAACCCCGAGGCGAAGCCGGCGCGGCCGGACCCCGUUGAUAUGGAUGAGGACGAGAAGGAGAUGCUUUCGGAGGCGCGCGCGCGCCUGGCGAACACGCGCGGAAAGAAGGCGAAGCGCAAGGCGCGGGAGAAGCAGCUGGAGGAGGCGCGGCGGCUGGCGUCGCUGCAGAAGCGGCGCGAGCUGAAGGCGGCGGGGCUGGAGGCGAAUUACCGGCGGCGGAAGAACAAGGGGAUCGACUAUAACGCGGAAAUUCCGUUCGAGAAGAAGCCGCCGCCCGGGUUCUUCGACACGAGCGGCGAGGAGGCGAAUUCCGUGCAGCCGCUGCGGUUCCCCGUGACGCAGGAGGAGCUGGAGGGCAAGCGGCGCGCGGACGUGGAGGCGGCGGCGCGCAAGCACGACGCGGCGGCGAACAAGAUGCGGCUGCGCCACGACGCGCCCGCCAGCGUGCUGCAGGUGAACCAGCUCAACGAUCCGGCGGCGGUGCGCAAGCGCUCCAAGCUCUCUCUGCCCGCGCCGCAGAUCUCGGACCAGGAACUGGCGGCGAUCGCUAAGAUGACGCACGCCGCCGACGCGCUCGCCGCCAGCGAGGACGGCGACCCCGCGACGCGCGCGCUGCUCGCCAGCUACGGCCAGACGCCCGCGCACGCCGCCGCCGCCGCCGCGCUCACGCCGCUGCGCACGCCGCAGCGCACGCCCGGGGGCAAGGGCGAUGCGAUCAUGAUGGAGGCGGAGAACCUGGCGCGGCUGAGAGACACUCAGACGCCGCUGUUCGGCGGACAGAACCCUGACCUGCACCCCUCGGACUUCUCAGGUAUCACUCCGCGGAAGAAGGAGGCGCACACGCCCAACCCGCUCGCCACGCCCUUCCGCACGCCCGGAACGGCCGUGGGGAUGACCCCGGGCGGGCUGGCGCUGGCGGGGGCGGGCGCGCCGGGGAGCGUCCGCGGGGCGUCGGUUGGCGGAACGCCCGGGAAGGACUCGGUGUUCGGCGCGACGCCGUCGGAGGGGAUGGUGACGCCGGGAGGUGAGAGCGUGCGCGCGGAGAAGCUGCGGCUGGCGGAGGUGCGCGAGAGCUUGCGCCAGGGGCUGGGGUCGCUCCCCGCGCCCAAGAACGAGUACUCCAUCGUCGUCCCGGACUUGCCUGAGGACGAGCGCGCGGAAGGCGCGCGGGGCGCGGGCGAGGACGGGGACGAGCAAGACAUGGAACUGGACAUGUCGGAGGUGCAAGAGCGGCAGGAAGCCGCCAGGCGCGCGGAGGAGGAGGCGCGGCUGCGCAAGCGGUCGCAGGUGCUGCAGCGGGAGCUUCCGCGGCCGUCGGUCGCGGCUGUGAAGCGGGUGGUUGAUGCGGCGGGGAAGGGGCGCGGAGGGGGAGGCGUGGGCGCGGGCGUGACGCUGAUGGAGCGCGCGGAGGAGAUGGUGCGCGCGGAGCUGGCGCUGCUGCUGCAGCACGACGCGGUGGCGUAUCCGUUGCCGCCCGGGGCGGAGGGCACGGGAGGGGGCAAGGAGGGGAAGCGGAAGAAGGGCGGGAGGGGCGAGGACGGGAGUACAGCGGGGUUGGAAGCGGUGGAAUUGGAGGACGUUGAGGAGGAUCUCAUGCAACAGGCGCGGGCGCUUCUGAGCGAGGAGGCGGGGUACGUGCGGAUGGCGCUGGGGCAGGAGGACACGGGCGCGGACGAGUGGGGGGAGGCGUGGGAGGCGUGCGCGGACGACCUCGUCUACCUGCCCGCGCAGGCUGCCUGGGGGCUGGCGUCGCUGGCGGCGAGCGCGGAUGUGGUGGCGGCGCUGCGCCCUGUGGCGGAGAGAGUGGGCAAGGCAGCGGAGAGCGAGGGGAAGAGGUGCAGCAAGCUGGAGCACAAGACCAAGAUCAUGUCUCAUGGAUACCAGAACCGUGCAGAGGCGUUGUGGAAGCAGGUGGAGGCAGCACACAGAGAGGCGGGUACUCUAGCAACGGAGCUGCAGUGCUUCCGUGCCCUGCACGCGCAGGAGGUGCUAGCGGCGCCCCGACGCAUAGAGACUCUGCAGGGUGAUGUGGCAGGCGUGACGGAGCGGGAAAGAGCGCUGCAGUUGCGGUAUGAGAACCUGCUGGUGGAGAGACAGCACUGGCGCAAGGUGGUGGCGGAGGGGGAGCGGCGCAAGGCGGAGGCGGAAGCUGCUGCUGCUGCUGCUGCUGCGGCAGAGGCUGAAGCGAAGGCUAAGGUUAAGGCAGAAGCUGCUGCGAAAGAAGCAGUUGCUGCUGCAGCAGCAGAGAGAGAGAAGGAGAGGAAGUUGGAAGAGGAGAAGGAGAAGGAGAAGGAGAAGGAGAAGGAGAAGGAGAAGGAGAAGGAGAAGGAGAAGGAGAAGGAGAAGGAGAAGGAGAAGGAGAAGGAGAAGGAGAAGGAGAAGGAGAAGGAGAAGGAAGGGGAGAAGGAGAAGGAAGAGGAGAAGGAGAAGGAAGGGGAGAAGGAGAAGGAGAAGGAAGGGGAGAAGGAGAAGGAAGAGGAGAAGGAGAAGGAAGGGGAGAAGGAGAAGGAAGAGGAGAAGGAGAAGGAAGGGGAGAAGGAGAAGGGGGAGGAUGCAAUGGAUGGGGUGGAGGGAGAGAAGGAGAAGGAGAAGGAUGGUUCAUGUGAUGGUGAUGGUAAGGGAAUGGAGGAAAUGGCUUCUGAGGCAAGAGAGGGUGCAGGUGAGGAGGACGGGAGACCUGGGGAAGGCGAGGAGCAGGGGCAAGGGGCGAACGCAGAGGGAAGCAGAGCAACAGAAGCAGAGGCGGAAGCAAAGGAGGAGGAGAGGAAGGCAAAGGAGAAAGAGGGGAAGGUGAAGCAGGAGGAGAGUGAGGCAAUGGAAGUGGAGGGAAAGGUGAAGGAGGAGGGGGAAGGUGCUGCAUGA